AGGCUCCAGUUGACUAAUACAGAACUUUAUAAUGUGUGGAAAGGAGAGUUAUAUAUUCAGGAACAUCGUGCUUGCAAUAUUAAAUUCAAGUCAUCAAGCUCUUGCAGCAUUCCUGUACAGCUGCCAAACAAGCUAAAAAUUAAAGAAGUCAUAAGACUGUCUGAACUAAGAAAAGCAUUACCACUGCAGAUUUUUGACCAGUUCAGUUUUACAGGUCAAGAAGUUUGUUUCGAAAGUGUCUACUACACGCUCUACACAGUAACCACUUCAAGAACAAAUGGAUUUGAAUUUGAGAAGUUGCAGGAGUGGAUGAAAGAUCAGGAAUUGGCACUAAUUAAAGUAUUAAAUGACCAGAGAUUCCUGAUUCUGUUGACAUCUUCAGCAAUUCAGUGCAGCAAAGAUCUUGGUGUGAAAGAUUCUUUACAGCUUUUUGCCUUAUUUUUAUUCCCC